ACACUCUCUCUCUCUCUCUCUCUCUCUCUCUCACACACACACACACACACACACACACUCUCAAGAUUCAAAUAGCUUUAAAUUUAAAUAGUAUUGGUAACACUAAAUUACGGACAUUUAGACACAAUUUUUAACUGUUUAAUUAAUAUUUAAUUCUCCGUAUCUCUCUCUCUCACUCUCACUCCCUAAUCCCUAAAUGGCUUCUGAACCCUAUAUACUGCUCUGUAUGUCCAAUAAUGAUAUUUAUGAAACAUUUCUGAUAUAAGAGCAGGACCAGUUUAUUUACAUAUUAUAGUUUAAAAAAAAAACUUAACUGGUUUUUACUCAGGCAUAUUACACAUUCUUCUUUUCUUGGUCCAUCAUAUUGCAUUCUGGGAAGGUGAAGAUGAUUCCAACUCAUCCACACGUCUUCAAAAUUUCACCAUGCCAUCCACCUCCUCACCUCCCCAGAGGUCCUCCACUGCAACGCCAGAAUCCGUUUCAAGACCUACACUUCUCACAGCUUCCUCCGAUGCGGAUAGCAGAGCUGCAGCAGAUCUCUCUGCUAACGACACCCUCAGCCAGAGCUAUAAUGAUACAGCAAACAGCACAGUCGCUCCAGGUUUUCCUACAGGAGCUUCUGGACCUACAGUGAAUACUCUUGCACCCAUAAACGGUACAAGUGUUCCAGGAAACGUAACAGACAGCCAAGAUGGGUCUAAUCUUUCAGCUGGAGAUAAUCAGACCUCAACAGCACCCAAUACAACACUAUCCACCACCGCCACCACACCUCCACCCAAAGGCGAGCCUAAAACGAGCACAUCAGCUCCCCCUACACGCUCCCAGACUCUUUCUGCCUCCACUAGACCUCAGAUUACCACCAGCCCAUUGGCAACAACCACUCAAAGCAAGGGCAAAUUCUCAACUGUUACCACCAAAGGCACAUCUGCUUCAACCACCACCACUACUACAACCACCACAACCACCAUCCCAACUACCCAGACCACAGAGUUUAGCAGCACUCCUGUCCUGGCUAAAGCUCGUGUAGACACCCCUUCUGAGCUGAACGUUGGAGACGACACUGAAUACUCUGGUACUUCAAUGGAUCCUCUCUUGGCCGGCCUGGUGUCCGUGUUUGUCGUGACCGCUGCCAUUGUCGCUCUUCUAAUUUUCCUGAAAUUCAGACACAGGAACGAGCGUCCAGAAUUCCGCCGACUCCAGGAUCUCCCCAUGGAUGAUAUGAUGGAGGACACACCUCUCUCCAUGUACAGCUACUGAGUGGUCAUGAGAAACCCUUAAAAAGCCUUGAUUGACGCCCAGGCCUCCUCUGAGCUCUGUCAUCAUGAACACCUAUCUAUUCAAAUUUUUAAUUAUUUGUCCAGUUCCUAAACUGAGCUUAAUUAUCCAGUCAUGAGUUUGCAGUUGGAACUGAACAAGGCCCGGAUUGAGCAGCUCUGAUUUAGAGGGCUAUUAAACUGUCACUUUUUUAUUUGGAGGCAGAAUGUCACACAGUCCUGUGCUACAAAGGAGCAAGUCUUCUGUGUCUUAAAACAUGCAAACAAGGUCAGAGGCUUUAGGGCCGCUGACCCUCUUGAGGGCCUAAUUCCAUUUUAAAUAGUCAGAGGGACUCAUAAUAUUUGAUAUUUCUUUUAAACAGGAAACUAAGGCUUGUUGACUAAAUGAGAGGCUUAGCUUUGUCUGUAUCAUUUUAAAUCCCUCACAGUGAGGGUGCAUGAUGAUAUGAUAUUUAAAUACACCCCACCCCAAAUCCAUCUCCAUGCAAAACCCAUUAAAUAAAAUUACACAGAUUCUGAGAUCAAAUCCUAGACAUUGCUUAUUUAGUCAAAUGUAUUAGGGAUAACCAGAAAUGAAGACCAAAGUAGUAAUGUGCCUUUAAUGCAAAAUUUUAAAGCUCCUGGUCAGCUAUAGUGGUGCGCACACAUGCGUGUGUGUAUGACCGGUGUUUUGUGUUUUAUUGCAGUUUAAUCACUUUUAAUGCCACAGACCAAACUAAACGAUACAGAAUAGCAAUCGUGGAAUUUAUUAACUGCUCGCUCUGAGAUCCUAAUGGGACUGUAAAUGAGUGCUUUAUUAAAGGCAAGGUCACUUGGAGGGUAAUAUUUUUUAAGCCUGUAAAUAAAAAACUCAUAGACAGUGCUAACUGUAAAACAUAAAUAUCUGGUGUGCUGCAAGUGCCUAAUUUAGAAUUUUACUAAUUUUGGCUUUUUCCGAGCUAAUCUAAAGUCAUUUCUCAGUAAACAUUUAAUAAUAAACAUUUCCCCAUUCACACAUGCCUAUUCACUGAUUAGUUUCUCAGAUUUUAAAAUAUUUAUAUAAUAGCAUUCAAACAAAACUGCUUAAAUAUAGUGUUUUCAAAAACUUAUGACUAGUAGUGUGCGUGUGUUAUGGUUGUUGCUGAUGUGGCAAUAUAUAUGUCUUAUCUAUUAGGAGACAUUGCAGCCUUUGGCCUGCUCUGAAGAAAUUUUAAAACAACAAACUGACCCUGAUACUUUGUUUGUUGUGCUGCCAUUUAGGACUUAAUGUUUAAUUGAACUUCAGAUCUAUUCAUUUCAGCUCCUCUAUAAACAAUGCAUUUAAAAACCCAUAAUGAGCCUAAAAUGUAGCUCAGAGCUCCAAAAGGCAUCACAGUGGAAUUGCGUACAUUCUCAUGAGGUUGCUAUAAGAUCACAGUAUGACAUUUUAAUUGGGAUGUUGGUUUCAAGCCACAGGAAACACUGACGAGAGAGGAGCUUUGAUGCAAGGAUGAUUACUGUGCUCCCUGGCUAACAGUGUAGUCAUUUGCUCUUUAGUCUGUCAUCAGUGUUGAUGGAGAUUGAUUCAAGCAAAACCACAAAUAAUGGUGUCUGUUAUAUAUAUAAAAAAAAAAAUUAUUAAAAAAAAUGUUGUAUCUCUACCCGUGCUGGUCACAACCCUUUCUGCACAUUUUAGCAACUGUGUGUGUGGAGGCUGAGUGUGUAUAUGGUGACAGUAAAUGUGUCAUUGUUGAUAGUUUGAUCAGUGAGCAAGACUAUUACUGUAUCCCAUAAAAGUUUUUUCCCCACUCAUGCAAAAAUCAGCGAAUCAUCCCGUUUUCCCAUCAUGGCCGAACAACUGAGUGUUCAGCAACUGAUCUAACACGUGUGGAGUUGUUAUCAGCUAUUGCAUGUAGUUACAGCAGAUGCAUACUGUACCUGAUGUAUACAUGAUUAACAUAACUGAGUUUUUAAUUUUGCAGGAAAUCUUGCUCAUGCGAUUUAACUAUUGUGUGGUCAUCCUUUGGCAUACUAGGACAUAAAAAAAACAUCUAUUGUUGGACAAAUCGCUUGUAUUAACUAAAUACGAUAACACGCUUGUGUGUGAAUGUGAUUAUGAAUGUGCUCACAACUCAACUUUGUAAAUUUAGUGUUGAUUCCCACUUGAAAUGUACACUUUCUCACACAGUAUAAAACUGGCUUUUUGUGUCUUGCUGUUUAGUAGGUUGUUUGUUUGCACUUUAUUGUGGGAUGGGUAGGAGGCGGGAGUGGGGUGUUAUUCUGGGAAGGUAUUAGAGUUGUCAGAAUAAUGUGUGCAGCUUUUUUAUUUUGUGAAAGUGAACCUGGUUGCUCUUUGUCAUGCUUGUAAUAUCAUACUUGUAUUAGAUUAGUGUUCUGUAAACAUGCACUCUUGGAAGGUGCUCAUUACGUGGCUCGCUUAAAGAGGUUCCUACGUCAAGCUUGGAUCAAGCAUGUGCCUCCCGCACUGCAAGCCAUAAUUAAAAGUGUCCAUCAUUUCAUAUUCAGUUAUGAUUCAUCACAGUGUGCAAAAUGUGCUCACAUGUUUGAGCAGCUGUCUCUGGGAUGAGUCUGUGCUUGUCUGAGAGCGGUAACUAACUUAGACCGCUCCUGUCAGUCAAGAGCAGAGGAGGAACUGCAUUGACGAGGCAAUGAACCUUUACAUGCUGCACCGAACCCUUCCAAGGUUACAUGACUCUUCAUGCCUUUCUCUCUCUCUCUCUCUCCCAUUAUCGUUCUCUUCAUUGAAGUUGACUCACUUGUGGUUGCUGUACAGUUGAAAGAGGCUGAAAUGGAAACUGUAACACAUCAUCAGGCAGUGCUUGCUCAGGCAUUUGGAAUUUUUUAACAUUUAAUUUAGUGACCCACAGACAAUGACUGACAGGUUUAAAAAAAAAAAACAAAAAAAAAAAAACAA